AUGUCAUCAAGCAGCAACGAUUAUAUUUUGCACGGUUUUCCCGACAGCUAUCAAAGUCCAAGAAAAAUUCCAAAGGCUGAUUUUAUUGAAGAUGUAGAGGCAUUGGUGAACAAGAAAGGUUCUUCCGAUGUUCAAGACACAAUCUCUCAAAUCUAUAGAGAUCAAAAUCAAAAACAUCAACAAUAUCAAAUCUUUGAAUAUCGUUUGCAUGAAGCUCGUGAGCAAUUAAAAGUGAAAAUUCCAGAUAUUAAAAAGACUAUUGAAGCUGUCAAAUUCUUAAAGAAGAGCUUUGAAGGGGAUGAUGAAACGGAUGCUUCAGACAAGAUUGAAACUCACUUUAAACUUGAUGAAACUGUUUUUGCUGAGGCAAUCAUUCCUAAAACUGAUCGUGUUGCUCUCUGGUUGGGGUGUGAUAUUAUGGUUGAAUAUUCUUUGGAUGAAGCUAUGGAAUUACUCAAUAAGAAUGUCACAUUGGCAGAACAAAAGUUAAGUGAAAUCAAUGAAGAUAUUGCAUAUCUUAAGGAACAAAAGACCACGACGGAAGUGAACAUGUCUCGAGUUUACAAUUAUGGUGUGAAGAAGAGAAAUGAAAGUAAAAAACAACAAUAA